AUGCCCUCUAACUGUGAUAUUGUUUACUCUUUGCGUAGGUACGGCAUCGCCGCAUUCGAGGCAGAUAAUGUGAGGGGCCAUAUGUCUGUAAUGUAUCCACCUGCACCUGUUCCGUUGCCAGUGAUGUUGCCUAGCAACGCAUACAUGUACCCACCCUCUCAGUCCGCAGGCAAGAUGAAGCUGGCAAUCAGACUAUCACAGAGCAGCAUACCCACGCACCAACGGAAGGUUGCCAUGGAUACGGUGACCAGUUCAAUAGAGCACUCGCGGAAAGGCCAGGCCCACUCUACUCCAAUUGAACGGAUAUUUGCACCACCACACGGAUUUGCACAAGCGCAACUCAGUGCCGCACAAGCACAAGCACAAGCCCAAGCACAAAUACAAGCACAGGCGCAGGUGCAGAAGAAACCUGAUGGCUCGUUGUUCACACAGCCUCACCCUCAACCCAAUGGACCCACAAACGCGCAUGUACGCCCGUAUCCCCACGGUCCCAAUGGAAGCAUACCACCCCAGGCAACCACCCUGCCGCAAGGCCCUUUAACACAAACACAGCAGCCAUAUCCAAACCCACCACUCGUGCAAGCAAUGCCACAGAGAUAUCCCGAGGUAUCUGCACCCGUCGGGGCGCCAUCACAGCCACAUGCACGCGAUGGUAUAGCCGCUCCCAGGCAGGAGGCAGACAGUACACUGCACGUUCAGCGAAACCACACGGCGGAGAAGCCAUCUAGGGCGGACAGCCCCAGCAAACGAACGCUUAUGGUGGGCCAUUCGGUGGAUGUCGGCGCAUUUCGCCGUCGACUGUAUGCGUCAUCGGUAUACCAGAACUACAACACAUACCUGACCAGUGAGAAGGAUGAUGCAAGGACACAUAACAGCCUACCACCAGGGAGAACGCCCCAGCUGAAACGCCACCCUGGGCCCAUACGUCGACCAGAACCGCCCAAACGCAUUCGCUUCUACCAGCUGCAGGCACCGGUGCCCGUCAUCCCCGUUCUCAAAACCAACACGCGCGCACUCCGGGCCAAGGCCAAGACCGAACACUUGCCACAGGAAGUGAUAGACGCGCAGCACAAACGCCCACUCAUCACACUCGGACGACUGGUCAUGGCGCUGCAGACACGCUCCCUGUGGGAGACAUGGAACGCGCUCAACACGCUGCUGGUGUUUACGAGGGACUUACAACUGCAGGUGGUGCCUGUGCACGAGUGUGAUGAUUUGUUGGUGUCGCUGGAUGGGCUCCUGCGGGAGGCGGUGGAGAAGGUGGUUGCCAUGCCAACGGAGCAGACGAAAACCUUGCGCAAGACGAUGGCGGGCAGUGUAUCGGGUCUGAAGCGAAGUAGCACGCAAACUGCAGGACAGACACCGGAUAGUAAAUCAAAGGCACACUCCACUGCUUCAUCUCAAGGACAAAUGAGCAGGAAGCAGAAAAGCAACCACCCCGACACCUUGCUAUUAGAGGCUCGUACUAUGAGCAAACAAAAUAGUUUAAAUGGUCCCUAUACUCGACCACCCCCAAUCGCGCCCACUAGUAUGAACUCAGAAACCAAGCCACGCACACAGACAGAUGGCCACACUUCCACAGUAGCCGAUAGUAACUCGCCCACAAAAUCCGCACUACAGACACCCACCACACCUGCGACACGCGCACAAGCAUCUCCCACUACACACCCAAACACCCACACUGCCCCGGCCAAAGCGCACCCCUCAGUGCACACACCACCGGUGGCGGCAGCGCGAGAGUGCAAUAGACCCAACCGGCAUCGCCAGUACGCACCAGACUGUACCGAACAGUGCUGUCUGAGCACGAGCAGUGAAGCCCCGUUUCCAUGCCAACGGGACUUUCCCCGCGUACGUGACAACGUACACAUGGUGCUGAAUGAGCUGGACGAUGAACACGCCCAAUGGGUGGAGCUGAUCAACACCGUGGUCACUAUCCUGGCCAAUGUUAGCUCGUUUAAAAACAUCGCGCCGCGGUUUGCGUACCGACUGACGCUGGUUUCAUCGCUGGUGAAGGUCUUGACCGAUCGACAG